GCCACAGACAUGGACUCAGUGACUGCCAGGUGAAUAGUUUUGAAACUACAACAACAAUGGAUGGCAGUUCUGCGACGACGGCCACGAUGACCACUGAAAGGAUGUUAUCCUACAACGGAGCGACGGCUUCGCCCAACAUGACCGUAUGGAAUACCAUAUUGCAAAACCAAAGUUUAACGGACCAAAUGAACGGUACACAUCCAAUUUUCCACCCGGGAAGACCAAACUUUAAACCGACGUCUUUGUUCUUGUUCGCGAUGGAACUGGAGAAAACGGGCAUGCCCAUUGCCCUGGCGAUUGGAAUUACGGGGAACAUAUUCAUAAUCAUCACCUUUCUGACAACACCUCUGAAGAAGCACCCGCUGAGUAACUAUUUCGCGGCCAUCGGAGUUUCCGACCUGACCUUCCUACUCAGCUCCAUGAUAGUGUGGGGUUCGAUCCAGGGAUUUAACAUCUACAACAAGAUUGGCUUCUGCCAGCUCACCACUUACGCCUUGUUUCUGUCCAGCUUCCUGGCCGUCUGGUACAUCGUCUCGGCCCACGUGGAGAGGUGCAUGUGGCACUUCAGUUCGAGGAGACGCAAAAAAUGGUGCACGGCGUUCCGAUCCAAGUGCAUUAUAAUACUGAUCGCCGUGUUUUCGAUGGUCGCCUACCUGUACUGUCUGUGGACGUACAUCGCCAUCCACCAGUGCAUGCCGGUCCCGGAGAGCAUGUCGCACCUGGCCAAGUUAAGGAAAGUCGAGAUAGUUUUCUCGGCGCUCAUCCCCAUGAUUGUCAUAGUCCUCAUCGACAUUGCCUUAUUUCUGAAGUACAUCAGCCAUCGAUGCUUCAACAGGGAGGAAGGUGUUUCGUCAUCGCGGUCCGUGAGGAUGUCGACGAGGGUGAGUUUAGCGUUAGAAAACAACAACGUGGACCUGUCCACGGAGAACGCCAUGGCCUCGAGGACGUGCAUUGUGGCGGGGAUACUGUACAUCUGUCUCAUGCUGCCUUCCGUGUACAUCCGUGCUCAGAUGCAAUUCGGGGAGAGGAGGCGUGGCCCGUUCCCCACCCCCCGUGAAGCAGAGCUGAUGAAGCUGUUUGAACAGAUAGUGCGCUUUAACGCCAUUUACAAGUUUUUCCUCUACGUGCUACUCUUGAAAAAUUUCAGACGGGCGUUGAAGUUGUUAUUCACAAGGUGCUGUCGGGCCAAGCGAUCAAAGAAAUCUAAACGUCAGUAUGUUUCUUGCUGUUCGAAAGAGAAAGUUCAAUCGCCUGACGAUGGUAAUGAGUAUGUGUGAGAUAAAAAAAACGAACACAUAGGUAAUCCUGUUUUGUUUGUAUACAUUUUCUAAAGUUUAAGACACACACAUUCUUAACACCUGUCAGGAUGGCAGACGUGUUUAUGUUAAUAUAUUAUAUUUUAAUAUGAAUCAAAGUUUGCCGUUUUUACGUCUUGUUGCACUCGUUGUCUUGUUUAUG